UGACUAUUGACUUCGUCCGUUAUCUUGUGCCUACAUAACAUCUUGCCAACUCCCAGGAUUUUGUUCUAACCAGAUUCGAGACCAGCCUCGACCGCGUACGCUUUUAUCCGAGAAGGAGCAAACUUUAGUUUCUGGUCAAACAUUAAUCAUGCCAAAGGUCGUCUCUCGUUCAGCGGUCUCCUCAUCCACAGAUGCACGGCCAACGGCAUCAGCCGCAGCUGCUCUCAGGGUGUACUACUGUAUAUGUGGCGAGUUUAUCCUCGUGAUCGAAAAAAGCCUUUCAGCGCUGCCAAAGCGCCAGACUGAUGGGGCUACCAUCAUUCGCUGUCAGGAUAGCGGUACAGAGAAUGCAAUCGUUCUCAAAUUAAACGCUAUAUCAACUGAUCCCGUCCUAGUCGAAAGGCCAGGGGGACACGAGCGCCAGUACAGAUUCUCAUGUCCGCGCUGCAACUUAUUGGUCGGAUACCAAUCUACUCCACCACCUGUCAAAUCUGGUCCGUAUCUGUAUAUCCUCAGGGGAGCCCUUACGCAGAUGCAAGGCCAAGUUCCCAAGGACGCUUUCGAUGGCGAAGCUGCCCUGGACCUUUCAGAAACUGAGACCCAAUAGCAUGGUCGCACGAGGUAGGGACGUCACCGAAUCGAAUAUGGCCUCAGUACGCGCAUAAAUAUAACAACAUCAAUCAUGUUUUCCAAAC